UUUUGGAUUGGUGCAUCUCUAUCCCCUCACACCCCUCCCAUUUAAACAUAAGAUUUUGUCAUCACUUCACAUUGCAAACCAUCAUCAUCACCGUCCCUCUUCCAAAAAGUCUUUAACCUUUAGAUUCGUUUAUUUUAUUCUUGAGUUCCCACUUUCAUAAGGCUACAACAAUUCACCCUUUAGAGAUAGAUUUCUUUAAACAUGCCUAAACCCUAAUCCCUCUCUUUCUUUCCCUGUUAUAUCAUUCUUAGUAGAGAAACAAACAUGGACUUAAGCCCCAGCAACACAAAUACUGAGAAAACUCAAACCCCACCACAAGCCCAACCCACCAACAACAAAGACUCAAAGUCUUCAUCUUUCACCAACGGUUCCCUCAAGCGCCACCACCUCCACCCCACCACCGUCCCACCUCCACCACAGCCACCGUCCACGGUGGUUUCCUACAAGGAGUGCCUCAAAAACCAUGCAGCCAGCUUAGGUGGCCACGCGCUCGAUGGGUGCGGUGAAUUCAUGCCCUCCUCCUCUUCCUCCAACCCCGCAGAACCACGCUCUCUAACGUGCGCCGCGUGUGGCUGUCACCGUAACUUCCACCGCCGUGACACGCAAGAAUACUCCAAUCCCAACUUCAUAAGCUUCUACCACUCACCACCACCACCAUCACAACCCCACCAUGGCCCAAGUUCGAGCCCAAGCCCAGGCCUGAGCGCAGAUCAAAGCCCGAGCCCAAUUUCAAGCCCAUCCCCGCCACCACUCUCGCACCAUUUCCCACCUUCCUUUCACCACCACCAAUCAUUUGCACCCCACAUGCUCUUAGCCCUUGGAAAUGAUCAUCACAGGAGUUUCAAUUUCAAUUUCAACUCUUCCAUGAUAGAGAAGAACCUGAGUGGGAAAAAGAGGUAUAGAACCAAGUUCACCCAAGAGCAGAAGGACAAGAUGCAUAGUUUCUCUGAGAAGUUGGGUUGGAGAAUGCAGAAAGGGGAUGAAGGAUUGGUUCAAGAAUUCUGCAAUGAGAUUGGCGUUUCCAGAGUCGUAUUCAAGGUUUGGAUGCACAACAAUAAGAACACUUUCAGGAAAAGAUCAUCCGAACCAGGUGAAAAGAUAAAUGCGAGUCGUGGUGAUGAUAGUAAUAAUCUUACAACUUAACAAUGACAUUCACCGAAAUUAAGGUAGAUUUGUCAACUUUCAUGUUUCUGGUAAUGGGUCAUAAUCAUUGUUAUCCGUUAAUAAACUUAGAAUUGGGAAUGAAGCAAAUAGAAUUUUGGCUAUUAUCAGGGUUAAUUUUUGUUUAUUCCAAUCUCAAUAAUUUUUGGGGUUAUUUAUUUCAGCUAAGGCUGUAGAAAGAUCUUGUUGUUUUAGUUGUUAUUAGAAUUAAAAUUUCAUAUGAUAGUUUACUUUUGUUAAUUUAUAUAAAUAUAACCUUUGAA